AUGUAUUCUAAAUUUGGUGAUAUGGGUUUGGCUAGAUUGGUUUUUGAUAAAAUAGGUGAUAAGGAUUUACUGGUUUGGAAUUGUUUGGUUGAUGGGUAUGUCAGAAAUGGUGAGGUUGAGUUUGCGUUGAAGGUGUCUGAUGAAAUGCCCAAGAGGGAUAAGUUUACUUGGACGUGUUUGGUUGAUGGGUUGUGUAAAUGUGGUAAAGUUGAGGUUGCGAGAGAGAUAUUUGAUCGCAUGGAUGAUGGUGAUAAGAGUUUGGUUACGUGGAAUGUAAUGAUUCAUGGGUAUAUGAAGUCGGGGAAAAUUGAAUUGGCGGCUGAAUUGUUUGAGACGAUGCCAAAGAGGAGUUUGAUAAGCUGGAAUUCGAUGAUAGAUGGAUAUCAAGGCAAUGGGUGUUUUUAUGAAGCUAUGAAAUUGUUUGAAGCGUUGUUGAACGAGGGGUUUGUGCCGAUUAAUGCAACGUUGUCAAGUGCUCUUUCUGCUGUUUCAGGUUUGGCUGUUCUUGGUAAUGGGAGAUGGAUUCAUUUGUUUGUGGUUAAGAAUGGAUUUGAGGUGGCUGGUGUACUUGAGAGUGCUUUGGCUGUCUUCAAAGGAAUAGCCAAGAAGAAAUUGGCACAUUGGACGGCUAUAAUUGUGGGGUUAGGAAUGCAUGGUUUGGCUGAUCAAGCUCUUGAGCUUAUUACAGAAAUGCGCAGAAUUGGAAUGAAACCGCAUGCUAUAACUUUUAUAGGUGUGUUGAAUGCUUGUAGUCAUGCAGGCUUGGCGAAAAAUAUCAUUGAGAGCAUGCCAGUGACUGUGAAACCCAACAAAGUCAUUUGGAUGAGUUUGCUUGGUGGUGCUAGGAACCAUGGAAACCUGGAAAUUGGUGAAUAUGCAGCCCGUAAUUUGAUUGAAAAGGAUUCAGAUGCUCGUACUGGGUGCUAUACUGUACUUUCUAACAUGUAUGCUGCAGCUGGGAAGUGGGAUAAAGUUUCACAUGUAAGAGAAAUGAUGAAAAACAGAGGAGUGGUUAAGGAUGCUGGAUGCAGCAUCAUUGAGUACAAGGGUCAACUUCAUCGGUUUAUAGUGGGCGAUAAAUCACAUCCUCAAACCCAGGAUAUAUAUGCAAAGUUGAGGGAAAUAAGGGAGAAACUGAAACUGGAGGGACAUGUCUGA